UUCAUCAGUUACGUUAGCAACCUCAAAGCAACAACUUUCUAUGUGACGCUAUGACAGAAAUAUCGCUUUUUUAGGAACUGAUUUCGCCGAAAAAUAUGGAUUUCCUCCUAGGAGAAGAAGAGGAUAGGCCUGGAACAUCUAACACCUUUGAUGUUGGCCAGUCAGCUGAUGAAAUAUUUGAUGUAAAUGAGAGUGAAGGAGAAGAAGAAGGAGAAGAGGAAGAAGAUGGAAUUAGUGGCGAUAAGAACUCCAGAUCAAAAAGAAAGACUAACAGUACUUUCAUGACCCAGACUCAAUUGAGCGCGAGAGGAGGGACGCGCCAGAAGAGUCGCAGCAAGGCGCUGCAGGAGAGACCUCCGUGGGUCAAACCUUCAACAAAGAGGGCAGUACCAACACCCGACCUUAUGGUGACUCAUAUCAACCAGACACAUGAUCAACUUCGUGCACGUGACAUGUCUGCCAUGUUCAACGAGGGGCAGACAUCGGAAGACUGGUUGGCGAAUCACUCCGUAGAACACUUCAAACUUACACUCAAGAAUCUCUUAACCAAAGGACAGAUUGUCAAACAAAGUGGGAUGAAUCAGAGUGGCCCAGCAAGACACCUGCAGUUUGAAGCCAGUGCCGUCAAUGAGUUUGAAUACAAGCUGUAUGAGACCAUUGAGAUGUACCACAACAGGAUCAAAUGGUUACUGAAAGGAAGCAGAAAAACAUUUGGAAUGGUAAAGGGACGCAAGAUUGCCAUUCUCGUUGACAGUUCAGAUGCAAACACGGGCUUUGGUAGAAUAUCAAUCUUCAGACAAGCACUCACGGAGUUGAUUGAUGAACAGCUUCAUGACAGGGAGAUGCUCCAUUUUGUAUCAUUUGGGACUGAAGUAGACUCUUUAUGGGACAGACCAAGAUUUGUCAACAUUAGAAUGUUGGAUGAAGCCCGGGCUUGGGUCAACCGGAUCCAAAGCAGUGGGGGAUGCAACCUGAUGGCAGCCCUCAAGAAGAUCUUGAAGACCAAGGAUAUAGACUCUAUCGUCGUGGUCCUAGGAAGCUGUGCGGACCAAAAUUCUGACGUCCUGGUGGAUUAUGUCUCUCAGACUAUCUGUGGAGGAAGAAUUCCUUUGCAUUGCAUAGCGUUUGACUGCAACAACCAUCUUACAAAUUUGUCACUGCGAAAGUUAGCUGAAGCAUCAGAUGGACGCUAUCAUGUGUACUCCUCUGGGGCUGAGGAACAAAUCUAUACAGGCACAGACAUCACAACAUUACUGAGAGAGAUCAAGAGAGCUCAGGACGUCAUCAACAAGAUCGCUGAGAUGAGGCAAGGUAUGAUGGGAGAUGCUCUCGUUAGCAUCCUCAAUGAGAUAUCCCUAGAAGUUCAGAAGCUACCCCAGUCUCGGUUCCUACCCAGACCUCCUAACCAUGCCGGUGCACUCACCAUCGAUGAACCAGCUUCAUUCAUUCCCAAGGCAUCUCAUGACUGGCUCCUACAGAACGGACUCAAAGCCAAGAGGUUGACAUUGUAUCAGGUGCUGGCCCCCAAUGCCUUUGCACCCAUUGAAGAGUUCAUACCAAUCAUCAGGAAAUCUGUACGAUCACAGACACAUGAAAAAGCGAUGACCCAGUUUGAGUGGCACGAUGGAAGCAUCAAGAACGUACACGUGGAUCCUACUCUCCUCUACGACUACCAGAAGCAGCUUGGAGCCAUGGUGAAGCUCUAUGAGAGGAGGAUCGAUUGGCUCUCCAAGGACAGUAGAAGACUCUUUGGUACCAUCACAGAGAAAAGGGUUGUGAUCUUGAUAGAUCUGUCUCUAUCCAACGUGAACUAUCUGGUCCACAUCCAGCAUUCAGUCAGGUUACUCCUAGAACAACAGCUAGCAAACAAAGAAGCCUUCAACAUCAUUGGGUUUGGCAGCACAGCUCGUGCCUGGAGACCAUGUUUGCAGGAACCUACAGUAGCGAACCUGCAGAAUGCAUGGAAGUGGGUACUUGGUUUGGAGUGCAAUGGUAGCAGGAACUUCCUAGCAGCUCUGAGAAUGGCACUGGAGAAUGAAGAGGACAGAAAAAAACAGUCAGUGGUUGGAGGUCUCUAUCUCUUCACCAGCGGCAUCCCAGACCAGGCCUCGGACGUCAUCUGUUCCUUCAUGGAGGAGGCCUCGGCCGGCCAAUCCACCAAGGUCCAUUCCAUCCUAUUCAACGUCGACGACUACGACAACGCUGAGGGCGCUAACCCCGGUCGCUACGCCAACAUCACACAGACGGCCGAGUGCCUGCGAACCCUGGGUCACGUGACAGGUGGGCGGUUCCAUUGGUUCCGCGAGACGGGGAUCAUCGAGAGUGACGAUAUCAAGUUGAUACUGUGUGAAAUGGACAAAGCAGUCAACUACUCCCAAAAAUGUGCAAUGCUGGUGGAAUCUGUGAAAAGGAGGUCACCAAAAUAUGAUAACAAGAACACAGAGGACACUAAGAUGCUUCCUAUGAGACCUUCAUCGGCCAAGAAAGCUCUGAUAGCUCCUAAACACACUGAACUCAGCUUGGCUAGAUUGCAAAUUCAAGACAACAAGGAGAGAGAAGAGAGAAGGACAAUAGCAUGGAGACCGAGCAGUGCCUCUAAGAAGGCUCUGGUACCUACACCUCCAGAACCAGUAGUGAACCCACACAGAGGCAAUCACCUUUCUAAGAACAGCAAUGAAAAAGAGAAGAAGAAACGCCCUACCAGCGCCAAGAAACAACCCUUCUACACAGAAAACAAGAAUGACGUUGGCACCGUGUACAAACAGUAUCCCGAAGGGAAGAAAGGAGGGAAGAAGAUGGUUCCGCAUCCUUCUGUUCCAGACAGGGAGGAUAUCAUGACAUCUAACCUGUGGUUGAAGAAGUACUGCUUAGCCAAGUUACGUCUCGAUCUUUCCAAGCUAGUCUCGGGUCCAGACUGUGCCCAUGCAAAGCGCCAUAUCAACACACUCAACAAAACUGUAUCGGCCAAGUAUUGCACGAUAUUUCCAAGUGUUAAUAUCAAGGGGAAAGUGAAGCAUCUUCAGCUCCAGGUCCAUGAGCUCCUGGAGUAUGAGCAGCAGGUGGAGUCUGUUCUCAGGAGGUAUCUACGCAGGCUCCAGUGGCUCCUGGGAGCGAGCAGGAGAACGUUUGGCACCGUCGUGGAGAAGAGGGUGAUUGUUCUGGUGGAUACAUCUGGCUCCAUGGUUACCCACAUGGAAGACUUGAAGAAAGACCUAGUGGCUCUUAUCUGGGAUCAGUUCAAGAGAGAGAAUAUCAGCUUCAACAUUGUCCGGUUCUCAGCUGACAUUGAGCCCUGGAGGCCGCACAUCGUUGAACCUACGGAUGCAAACUGCAACGAUGCAGUCAGAUGGGUCUCAUCCUUUGUACCAGCGGGAAACACAUGCACCUUGGAAGCUCUCAGUGAGGCAUUCCGAGAGAAAGACGUUGAUGCCAUCUACCUGCUAACGGACGGCAAGCCAGACAGCAGCACCUCCAAGGUCUUCAGAGAGAUCGCCCAGGUCAACACAGUGCGAGGGGUCAAGGUUCACACCAUCUCAUUCAACUGCAAUGACGAGUCUGCGAACACCUUCCUGAGGCAGCUUUCUGCCAUGUGUAGAGGGCGCUAUCAUCGUAUCUUUGCCGGGAUGGACGGAGACCUCGCUGUUCAUCGACUCCUGGAGAGUGACUUCAAGGAUACAGACUACCCUGUGUUACCUACAUUUGAGAGCGACGACCUGAGACUGCUAACGGCAGAGAUUGAGCAAGCCAGGCAUUUCUUAGCUCAGUCCAGGUCCUUUAGAGAGCUCUUUGGAACUACAGCAAAGCCCCAUGAGAAAGACAAGUCCAGAUAUGAAAGGAUAGCCACAACUAACCAGAAGUUGCAGAAAACGUGAAGAAAAUCAGAGGACCUGAUCUUGUUUUGCAGUCGGGACAUCUCCAAUUGUACUUAAAAGUUUAAAGCCGACAUGUGAUCGUGAUAUAACUGUGAUUUCCAAUGUCUUAUUGAAUACUUGUAAACUAUGGAUUGAAGUGCAUUAUGGGCAUUGCUUACCAUUUGUAGCAACAUUUGUUAUCAGUGAAUUAUUAUUUUUAUGACAAAAAUCUUCCCGUAGCCUAAUGCCUAAAGGAUGUACACAGCAGAGUGCAACCUUUGAUAUCUUUACUACCUUAUGUAGUGCAAGCAAACAUUCUUCACUGCAGUU